AUGGCCCAGGUGGUCAUGUCCCCUCUGCCAGUGGGACAUGAGGAGUCCUCAGAGAGCCGGAUGGUGGUGACGUUCCUCAUGUCUGCUCUGGAGUCAAUGCACCCUCACUGCACAGCCUGCUCAUUGACGCUGCUCCCCGAAUCCUGCGGCUUCAUCACGUCGGGCAGCUCGGGCGGGCUGGAGAAGGGAUCGAUGCGGAGGGGCUCGAACGUGCCGUUUUCCCGGAGGGCCAGCCCCACCGUGGCCGGUGCCUGGGGUCUCGCCGUCUGGGAGGUGAAGCCGCACUCGCCCAGCGUCUUGGUGUCGUCCAGGAGCUGGUCGUCCUUGUACAGACGCUGCUCCUCGGGUGGCCGCUUAAGGAUGCCCUCGACGAUGCGCUUCAGCUCCAGAACAGUGCUGGACUCCUUGGCGUCAGUGAAGAUAGUGGUCUUGUGGCGCCGAAUCAUCAGGAACACGUCCAUCUUGGCCGUUACGCUGCUCGUGUCGAUGCUGUCGACGAAGCUGCGCAUGCACCUAGUUCCCAGCGUCCGCCCGUUCCAGCCCCCAGUGCGCCUGCGCGCUAUUCCACACCCAGCGUCCCACGUGCCCCGAGCUCGGACCCACUCCGGCUUAGUGCGCACUCCGUGCUCGGCUCCAUUCCCAGCAUCCCGUGUUGGGGACGAGCUGCUGGAGAUGAAGCCCCCAGGCCAUGAGGAGGGGACACAGGCCGACUCUGGGGAGGCAGGAAUCCUCCGGAAGGCAGUGGAAGAUUACUUCGGCCUCUGUUACGGUAGAGCCCUUGGCACGGCAGCGAUGGUUCCUGUGCCCUACGAGAAGAUGCUCCGAGACCAGGCGGCAGUGGCCGUGCACGGCCUCCCUGAAGGCGUCGCCUUGAAACACCCCAAGAAUUACAGCCUCACAACCCUCAAGUGGAUUCUGGAGAACAAAGCAGGGAUUUCGUUCGUCGUAAACAGGCCAUUCCGGGAGCCCAGGGAUCCACCAGGAAGUCAUGGGAUGGUUACAGAAGCCGAAAGAGCUGCCAUCUCUCCAGGUGAAAGCUGUGGCCCCACCAGAGUGAAAACUGAGCCCACAGAAGAUUCUGGAGUUCCACUGAAGACAGCAGCCGUCUCCGUCAAGAAGGAAUCAGAAGACCCAAAUUAUUAUCAAUACAAUUUGCAAGGAAGCCACCAAUCUGCCUCCAGCAACGAAGCAGUAGAGAUGGAGUUGCCAGUGGAAGGUUUGAUCCCACCGGCCCCUACAGAGGCAAACGAGGACGCCAAAGCCGAGGUGAAGAUGGAAGGAGGCACACAGCCACCUGGGAUGGUAAAUUCUACAGCGAGCGUUGAAGAUCUCAACAUUGUUCAGGUGGCCAUUCCAGAUGGUGAGAAGGAAAAAUUAUCAAAUGCUGAAAAGAUUAAGCAGCUGAGAGAGCAAGUCAACGAGCUCUUCAGCCGAAAAUUUGGUGAAGCGAUUGGGGUGGAUUUCCCAGUGAAGGUUCCUUACAGGAAGAUCACGUUCAACCCCGGCUGUGUGGUGGUGGAUGGCAUGCCUCCGGGGGUGGCUUUCAAAGCCCCUGGCUACCUGGAAAUUAGCUCCAUGCAGAGGAUCUUGGAUGCUGCUGACUUUAUCAAAUUCACAAUCAUUCGACCACUUCCAGGAGUCGAGCUUAGCAAUGUGGGAAAGCGCAAGAUAGACCAGGAGGGCCGCAUGUUCCAGGAGAAGUGGGAGCGCGCCUACUUCUUCGUGGAGGUGCAGAGCGUCCCCACCUGCCUCAUCUGUAAGCAGAGCAUGUCGGUGUCCAAGGAGUACAACCUGAGGCGCCACUACCAGACCAACCACGGCAAGCGCUUCGACCAGUACACGGAGCAGGCACGUGAGCGCAAGCUGCAGGAGCUCAAGGAGGGGCUCGCCGAGCACCUGGCGGGGGCUGCGGGCCCGGAGCAGGGCCCCCCAGCGAAGGCCAGCACCCAGCCGGCUGACGACGUGGCAUGGAGCCUGUGGGAGAAGCUCCGGGAGAAGCUGCGCUCCUUCGUGGCCUACUCGAUCGCCAUCGACGAGAUCACAGACACCAACAACACCACCCAGCUGGCCCUCUUCAUCCGCGGCGUGGACGACAACUUCGAAGUGUCCGAGGAGCUCCUGGAUACGGUGCCCAUGACGGGGACCAAGUCCGGAAACGAGAUCUUUCUGCGUGUUGAGAAGAGCCUGAAAAAGUUCCACAUCGACUGGUCGAAGCUGGUGAGCGUGGCCUCCACCGGCUCUCCCGCCAUGGUCAACGGCCAGGACGGGCUGGUGACAAAGCUCAAGGCCAAGGUGGCCACGGUGUGCAAGGGCUCCGCCCUCAAGUCGGUGUGCUGCAUUAUCCACCAGGAGACCCUGUGCGCGCAGAAGCUGAAGAUGGACCACGUCAUGGACGUGGUGGUGGACUCGGUCCACUGGAUAUGCUCGCGGGGGCUCAACCACCGGGGCUUCACCACGCUGCUCUAUGAACUGGACAGCCAGUACGGCAGCCUGCUCUACCACACCGACGUCAAGUGGCUCGGCCGCGGCCUGGUGCUCAGGAAGUUUUUCGAGUCCUUGAAAGAGAUUGACUCCUUCCUGCUCUCCAAAGGGAAGCCUGUGCCCCAGCUGAGCUCCAGGGACUGGAUCAAAGACCUGGCCUUCCUCGUGGACCUGACCAUGCACUUAAACACGCUGAGCAUGUCGCUCCAAGGGCACGCGCAGAUCGUCACGCAGAUGUAUGACGUCAUCCGGGCCUUCCUCGCCAAACUGUGCCUUUGGGAGACGCAUCUGGCGAGGAACAACCUGGCCCACUUUCCCACCCUGAAAUCCGUGUCCUCGGGGGACGAGGGCGACGGCCUGAACUACAUCCCCAAAAUCGCCGAGCUGAAGGCGGAGUUCCAGAGCCGGCUGUCCGACUUCAAGCUCUACGAGAGCGAACUGACCCUGUUCAGCUCCCCGUUCUCGGUGAAGAUCGACGGGGUGCAGGAGGAGCUGCAGCUGGAGCUCAUCGACCUGCAGUGCAACACGGCGCUCAAGGCCAAGUACGACAAGGUGGGCGUCCCCGACUUCUGCAGGCACCUCUGGAGCAGCUACCCCAAGUACAGGCACCACUGUGCCAAGAUCCUGUCCAUGUUCGGGAGCACCUACGUCUGCGAGCAGCUUUUCUCCAUCAUGAAACUGAGCAAAACCAAGUAUCACUCCGAGCUCAAGGGGUCCCAGUGGGACUCCGUCCUGCACAUUGCCACGGGAUGA